CCUCCUCCUCUUUUUUAGAAGCAGCGAUCGGAGAUGGAUGUCUCUCUUUGCCCAGCCAAGUGUAGUUUCUGGCGGAUUUUCUUGCUGGGAAGCGUCUGGCUGGACUAUGUGGGCUCCGUGCUGGCUUGCCCUGCAAAUUGUGUCUGCAGCAAGACUGAGAUCAAUUGCCGGCGGCCGGACGAUGGGAACCUCUUCCCUCUCCUGGAAGGGCAGGAUUCAGGGAACAGCAAUGGGAACGCCAGCAUCAACAUUACGGACAUCUCAAGGAAUAUCACUUCCAUACACAUAGAGAACUGGCGAGGCCUGCACACACUCAAUGCUGUGGACAUGGAGCUCUACACAGGACUCCAGAAGCUGACCAUCAAGAAUUCUGGACUCCGGAACAUCCAGCCCAGAGCCUUCGCCAAGAACCCCCACUUGCGUUAUAUAAACUUGUCAAGUAAUCGGCUCACCACACUCUCCUGGCAGCUCUUCCAGACGCUGAGUCUUCGGGAAUUGAGACUGGAGCAGAACUUCUUCAACUGCAGCUGUGACAUCCGCUGGAUGCAGCUGUGGCAGGAACAGGGGGAGGCGCGGCUGGACAGCCAGAGCCUUUACUGCAUCAGUGCUGAUGGCUCCCAACUCCCCCUCUUCCGCAUGAACAUCAGUCAGUGUGAUCUCCCUGAGAUCAGUGUGAGCCACGUCAACCUGACUGUCCGAGAAGGAGAAAAUGCCGUGAUCACUUGCAAUGGCUCUGGCUCUCCUUUGCCUGAUGUGGACUGGAUAGUCACUGGGCUGCAGUCCAUCAACACCCACCAGACCAAUCUGAACUGGACCAAUGUACAUGCCAUCAACUUGACCCUGGUGAACGUGACGAGCGAGGACAAUGGCUUCACCCUGACGUGCAUUGCAGAGAACGUGGUGGGCAUGAGCAAUGCCAGCGUUGCUCUCACUGUCUACUACCCUCCACGUGUGGUGAGCCUGGUGGAGCCUGAGGUACGCCUGGAACAUUGCAUUGAGUUUGUGGUGCGUGGCAACCCGACACCCACGCUCCACUGGCUGUACAAUGGACAGCCAUUGAGGGAGUCCAAGAUCAUUCACAUGGACUACUACCAGGAGGGGGAGGUCUCUGAGGGCUGCCUGCUCUUCAACAAGCCCACCCACUACAACAACGGCAACUACACCCUCAUUGCUAAGAAUGCCCUGGGCACGGCCAACCAGACCAUCAAUGGCCACUUCCUGAAGGAGCCCUUUCCAGAGAGCACAGAUUUCUUUGACUUUGAGUCUGAUGCGAGCCCUACACCUCCUAUCACUGUGACCCACAAACCAGAGGAAGACACUUUUGGGGUGUCCAUAGCAGUCGGACUUGCUGCCUUUGCCUGCGUCCUUCUGGUGGUUCUCUUUAUCAUGAUCAACAAGUAUGGUCGCCGGUCCAAAUUUGGAAUGAAGGGUCCUGUGGCUGUUAUCAGUGGAGAGGAGGACUCAGCCAGCCCACUGCAUCACAUCAACCAUGGCAUCACUACACCAUCAUCGUUGGAUGCUGGGCCUGACACAGUGGUCAUUGGCAUGACACGCAUCCCAGUCAUUGAGAACCCCCAGUACUUCCGUCAGGGUCACAAUUGCCACAAGCCGGACACAUAUGUUCAGCACAUCAAGAGGAGAGACAUCGUGUUGAAGAGAGAAUUGGGUGAGGGAGCCUUUGGAAAGGUCUUCCUGGCUGAGUGCUACAAUCUAAGCCCCACCAAAGACAAGAUGCUAGUGGCAGUGAAGGCCCUGAAGGAUCCCACCUUGGCUGCCAGGAAGGAUUUCCAGAGGGAGGCUGAGCUGCUCACGAACCUGCAGCAUGAGCAUAUUGUCAAGUUCUAUGGGGUGUGUGGUGAUGGUGACCCACUCAUCAUGGUCUUUGAAUACAUGAAGCAUGGAGACCUUAACAAGUUCCUCAGGGCCCAUGGGCCAGAUGCCAUGAUCCUCGUGGAUGGACAGCCACGUCAGGCCAAGGGGGAGCUAGGGCUCUCUCAGAUGCUCCACAUCGCCAGUCAGAUAGCCUCAGGCAUGGUGUACCUGGCUUCCCAGCACUUUGUACACCGGGACCUGGCCACGAGGAACUGCCUGGUUGGAGCCAAUCUACUAGUGAAGAUUGGAGAUUUUGGCAUGUCCAGGGACGUCUACAGUACUGAUUACUACAGGGAAGGGCCAUGCCAGAAGGGCCCAUUCAACGUGUCGUGGCAGCAGCAGAGGCUAGCAGCGUCAGCAGCUUCCACACUCUUUAAUCCAUCUGGAAAUGAUUUUUGUAUAUGGUGUGAGGUGGGAGGACACACCAUGCUCCCCAUCCGCUGGAUGCCCCCUGAAAGCAUAAUGUACCGGAAGUUCACCACAGAGAGUGAUGUAUGGAGCUUUGGGGUUAUUCUUUGGGAGAUCUUUACCUAUGGGAAACAACCAUGGUUCCAGCUCUCCAACACAGAGGUCAUUGAAUGCAUCACCCAAGGCCGUGUCUUGGAGAGACCCAGAGUCUGCCCUAAAGAAGUGUAUGAUGUCAUGCUGGGGUGCUGGCAGAGGGAACCACAGCAGCGGCUGAAUAUUAAGGAGAUCUACAAAAUCCUCCAUGCUUUGGGGAAGGCCACCCCGAUCUACCUGGACAUUCUUGGCUAGUGGUGACUGGUGGCCAAGCAUUUAUACUCUGUUGCCUCCUCUCUCCCUGCCUCCUCUCCUCUUUUUCCUCAUCUCAACUCCUUUCUUCCAUCUUUGACGGAAACGAACAUCUUCAUAUAAACUCAAGUGCCUGCUACACAUACAACACUGAAUUUAAACAAAACAAAACAAAAGAAAACAAAAUACAAACAAAAAAAAAAAAAAGAAAGAAACCCUGUAAGGCAGUUUGACAUAUAUAUUUAUAUAUAUAUAUAACUAUCUAUCUAUCUAUCUAUAUCUACAGAGAAUUACCUUCUCUAAUACACAGAGAAGCUGCUGAUACAGAAAACCGUAAGACAUUAAUAACAGAAAAAAUUAAAUAUUAUUAUUAACACAAAUGAAAUUCCCUUGACUUAAGCUGUGGCCCGUGCUUUUUUCAGGUCUGGCUUUUCAGAGAUCUUAGUCUUGACCCAGCAGAGAGAGAGGCUGGGAAGAGGCGGGGUGGCGCACGAUCUUCAGUGCGCAAGCGUGACCCAUUGAAGGUGUCUGGCAAUGAAACAAUUCUGAAGUCCAGGCCCUUCGGAAUCAUCUCUGGUUUGCCUUUGCCUUUGCCUCUACUCUUUUCCCCCUUUCUGCCUCUUUGGGACAAUUUUCUAAUUUGUCCAUUCUAUAAAGUAUAUAGUCCUGAUGCUUUUUGGAAAUCAAUGAUGACACCUACGGGUAAAUACUGAACAAAUACCAACACCAGACCACACAAAGCCAUCCAUGGUCGGGUAACCACCGAACAAGAAAGGGCAGAGGACUUUGGGGAGAGCAAACCCCACCUUUCCGGAUGUAAAUCUCUCUCACGAUCCUUACUAGGUUUGAAGAGUUUCAUCCUCUGAACUUGAAGAACUGGACUUGGUGGAUUAAAGAACCUAGGAAGUAAGUACAGCCGAAGUCUAAUCCUACCAAGGCACUGCCGCUCAUCUUCCCAUCUCUGGGAGGACUCUUGGCCUGUCCUUUCGUUUUCAGGCCCUUGGGGAGCUUGGAGGUUUAGUAUCCACCUUCUCUGCUGUCAUCCCCUAACAUGGACACAGCAGGCUUCAGGGCUCUGAUAGCAGGAGACUUAGUUCCUCCCAGGUCCUAAUUAGGCAUCUCCCUUGGGUUGUAUUUAUCUUGCUUCCCCCCUAUACUGAGGUUCUAUCAAGUCCUGGGUAAACCACACUGACAGGGAAGAAAUCCAGGUGAGAAAGAACCCAAGGCACGUGCAUUUCAAAGAGCCAGGCACUGGCACUGGCAAAAGCCAGCAGAGAAGAAUCUACUUGGCACCUGUGCUGAGCCCUUGCCAUUCUCCUCACGUUUUCAGCCCUUGGAAGGAUUGAUGCAUCUGCCUUUGAGCUGUUGUGAAAAGGCAGAGACUGAGAAAUCGCUUUGUGGGCUGGGUGUCGGGGGAGGGGCUGCAGCUUCUCUGGAAGAUGUCCAAUGAGUGGCCUGUGCCGCAGACUUGGCAUCUUAAUGAGGACCUAGCUCUGACCUGGAAUGAGAAUGAAGCAUCUCGACUGGGACCAGUCCCCUGGGUCCCAGCGCCAGGGGAAUCACUGCCUUUCCCACUGUGCAAUGGAGGACUGCAAAAGUGAAGCUCUCUGGACAGCUCUCACACACAACAAUGAACCGCUCCAGGGAGCCAAGAGCUUGGCUGCACAGACCAGUCUUGCUGGGGAAGAAGGUUGUGCUCUCCCUAGGGUACCUGUCUCUCCACCUCAUCCCAAGCACAGAGCUACCUAACAGACUGACUGUUUUCUUAUCAGAAGCUCCCAGGAGCUGCUGACUAACCCCUCUCCUUGCCAGCUGCAGAAAGUCUACAGCCUGGACACCCUGACCAGUGAAGGCAGCUGAAGUACGAGCAACUCUGUGGCCUGUUUAGAACUGGAUUAUGUGGUUGUGGAUUUACUUUAUUUUUUUAAAGACCAACACAUGUUUUUAUUCAAUAGAAAAGAGCUGUGCUCCGAUUGUAGCCAUGGUUGGGAUUCAGGGAUCAGCAGGCUGCUCAGCUGGACUGGGGAGGGUGCUGGGCUAACUGGGAUUUCAGAGUGGAACUUCUUACUGUACUAGAUACCUGGCCCCUGAGUAGGGGAAAGCUCUUUUGAUUGGUCCCUUCUUCAAAAGCACCCUUUGCUAUCCUAUGAUAAUUACUCCUCUUAUUACUUCUUGAAUUGGUCCACCACCUGAGGCUUUCAGCCUCUACUAGAGAGGUGUCUGCUGGGUGGAAGUUUCCAUUCAGGUUUUAAUCUGAAAAGCUGGAUAACUAGAGGGGAAGCAUUCAGACAGGGGCCUAGAGGGGCCUGUGGGGAACCUGUUGUCUAGUUGAAAGUGAUGUUCCAAGAUCUAACCUUUCCUAAAACAGUCUCUUAAGGCUUUCUGGUUUUGAAAGAAGUGGAUGACUGAAGGCAUUUAUAGCCCUAAUGGGACAGUUAGGAGAAAAGACAAGACUGAACUUGCUCAGGUGUCCUUUGUUAGUUCCAUGAACAUCCACACUGGCAUCAGGGUCACCUUCUCUCUGUGUCCUCCAUUAUUAGCUGCCUGAGUAAUAGAAGGAGAGAGGGGGCAGUGGAGAUAGGAGGGGUGCAGAAUGGGCCCAACCUUCUUACUCUCCUGGCAUCCUCUCUGUGUAGAGUGGACUUUAUAUGUGAACCUUGAAAGGUGGAGAGAAAGGGUCUGAGGUGCUUUGGAGGGUAAGAAAUAGAAAACAGGCUUUGGAUAGUGAAGUGUAUUCUACUGCUCAGGGGUGUGCAGGGUGUCUCACUCCUUGCCACUCUCUUCACUGUGUCCUAUUUUCCUUAUGUGUCCUCAUUCUAUUCUAGAUCUGAGUUCUUAGCUUCUAUCAGCACUGAGUCACCCUAUCACUUGUUUUCUGAGGAUCACUCUGGAAUACCUAGGAAAGCCUCCUUUGGCCUCACAUGGGUUGAAAGCGGUGGUCUCUGAGGACAUACUGUGCUUAGGGUGGGGUUGGUUCCAGUACAUUGAUUCUCUUUUUCACAUUUGUCACAACCUGCUAAAGGUCUAAAGUGUCUCAGACUAUUUUAGGCCAGGGUUGGGGAGCAUUUUGUCUCAUUUUCUACCCCAGCUUUCUCCUAGACUGGAAAAUUGUUAUCAGUAGUUUAUUUAUGUAUUUAUUUAUUUAUUUAUUUUUUAAAGAAUCUAAUAUGCUCCAGUGAGUCAAGAAUUAACAUCCCAUCAGCCCAUGGAGCCUCUGCCAACUGUUCCAUCCUCCUUUCUACAUAAACACAUCUACACCUUCCAAGAGCAUGCCACAUUAACUUGGUACUUAGCUUGAAGUCAACACCAUUACGAAUGCUCAUGAAUUUUCCAGACACCCCAUGCUUAACUCUGUGCCCUGUUACUAUCACCUGGACCCACCCUGAACUGACAAAGAGUGACUUGGAUGUCCACUAUAUAACAGGGUGUCAUGGACAAGGAUCCUCUUAGUUAUUUGCUUUGCAUGUGAACUUGAUGGUCCUUUCUGAUUACAUCUCUGAAGUUUGAGUGGUUGUCCGGGUAACACAGCCUUCUCUAGUCAACACACAAAGGAGUUUGGGCUUCCUCCACUCAGCAGAUCAUGCACAAGUUAUUCUCAGAGAAAACUUUUCCUUGGAGAUGAAGAUCCUCCAUUUUUUUCUGGGAUUUAACUGAACUGUGCUGUUCAUCUCUGGUGACACACUAGUGCAGUACUUCUGGUGCUAAAUACUACAGAAGCCAAUGCUUACAGAAGAGCUUCAAUACAGAAGUGGUAGUGAGCCAACUGUACUGGAAGAACGCAGCAUACAUCAGAAAAGCCACUGAGAAACCCUGCCUUAGUGCUUGGAUACUCGUGGGAUUUGGGCUAAAUCAGCAUCUCUUAGGUUAUCAGUCUUCCCACACAAGAUAUAUGACAUUAGAAUAGUUGCAUCCUUAGAGUCAAUUUCCAUUUGAAAGGCUAAAUUUGAGUCCCAUCUACUUCUUUAUUCUAAGCUUGUUUGCUAGAAAUGAGAGAUGAAAUGAAAAAUAGGGAGGGGAAGGAAGAAAAGUUACUGUUGACAAAACCUAAGCAUAAUUAGUGCCUGGUGUGUUUGAGGGACACUAGAUCCAGGCACGCAAGUCAAGAUAUUAAUAUUUGUAUUCUUCAAGAGAAACCAUCCUUCUCUUCUAGUCAUCUUCCCCACUUCACAUGUCCACAUUGGCAGAAACUGGUCUGCCAUAUGGAGAUAGUCCCACCCACCUCCCAUGCAAGGUCAGGAGUAAUCUGAACCCUGGGUCAGAAACCAAGAGAUUUUGUAUAUGUACUUGCUUUUCCUGAGCUCUUUUACAUUCAAGAAUAGUCUCAUGGCACAUUUGCUUCCCUUUUCUGAACCAAACAACAACAGUAUCAUCUCUACACUCACCUGAGACUUUUAAUCUUUGCAAUACUUUGCUUAGUAGGGAGCAUAAAAUAUUUGUGGAUGAUCAGUCAAUGGACUCACAUUUCAACAGUCCUACUAGUUACCCUCAAGCCUCUCUGUAGUGUCUAGUGUCUGCGUUGGAUGGGCAGCAGCUUGCUAAAAUGCACAAGGUGUUUACCUUAGAGCCAAAAAUGUCAGCUUGAGCUCAGAUCCUGUGGAAUGUAGUCCUUCACUAUGAUUUUAUUUUUUUCAAGAUUCACCUUACUUUGUACCAAAUAAAUUGUUUCAACCAAUACUUAAUAGGGCUGGAAGGGUUAACUUCAAGCUUGGGCAUCAUUCUUAAAACACCAGUUUGGACUUCAGAACUUAUUUUGGGAUUGCUUGAACCACAAGGAAAAAUUCCCUUUCAGCUCUAGCCAUAUCAUGUACUUUUUCCAUCCAUUGGAUGGUCAUAAUUCGAGAGAAGUCCCCCUGGAUUCAGCAAAUCAGUUGCAGUUUGGGAUUCUCUUGGCACCUUAUGUUUCUCCUGGAUGAGAACUGUAGAGGUGGACUGGCAUCAGAACUAUUGAGAAAGAUCCCAAACUGUUAUCUUAUAAAGCUUGAUGAUCUGCCUUUCCUUAAUUUAACUAUAUUGACAGUAGCAUCUGAGUUUCUCAACAUCACCAUUCCUGGUAUUUGAUAACACACCACGCAGAAACCCAUUCUCCUUACAUUUUUGUUUGGGACUUGGUAUUGAAGGUACAAGCACUGCCGAUGAAACCUCUCCUAGGAGGGCCAUAGCAGAGAGAAUCUGAGAGGAUAUUAAUUGACCACUCUUUCUGAUAGGUACUGGUGAUGAUGGUGGAGGUGGUGAUUUUUUGUGUGAACAGACUGGGUAUUAGGCAUCUUACUCUGCACCAGGGCUAUCCGACCCAGGGCCCUGUGUCUUGGCUUCUGACAAGGUUUCUGUUUGCUACAUUCUCUUUAAGCACGUGUGUGUGUGUGUGUGUGUGUGUGUGUGUGUGUGUGUGUGUGUGCAUGGGCAACAAGUUUGUCAUGUACCAACAGAGGCACCUUUCUGUGGAGAUAUAGGCUCUGCCCAAGAGAACUUGGAAUAUCUCUUGUUUCCUUUCUUGUUAGCAGUAUUAAAUUGUAUGAUAUCAUGGGCUUUAUUAUGAUAUUUAAAAAUAUGUGAGUACUUGGAAUUCAUCUCCAAAGUCAUAACAUUCACAUUGCUCUUCCUGUGGGCAGCUAGGUUCCAACUUUAAAACAAGGCCUGAUUUGUUAUCUGCCCUAAGAAUGAUGUCUUAAACCAGUAAAAUCAGUAAUCAGUUUUCUUUUUUUAGAGGUAAAAGACUAAAUUCUAUUAACUUUGUCCUGUAUCCAUCCAGGAAUAUAUUGGAGCAUCAAGGUCUAAGCUCAGAGCUCUCAAGAGAUUUAUAGUCCAUAAAGUAGAUGUUUCUAAUAGAAGGUGGAUUGAGCUAACACAGAAGACAGGGUUCGUGCUGAGCUCUUCCUCCUGAGGAGCUUGCAGGCAUUUAGGUAUUGCUUUCAUUUAGUAUCUCUGAGAUGAUUCAGUCUCUUCUCAUUUAAGGCUGUCAGGAAUUUAGACUUCUUGUCGGCAGGGAUGAAGGUAGCCUGAGAGCACAGCUACGCUCGAUCUGUGUAGUCUAGCAUCCUUUGGAUGCAGCACUUCUCAAAGGACUGAAAAAAUCACAUGCUCAACUCCAAGUCUGGUAUUUAUGAUUUCAUUUAAGAAGCAUUCAUGGGAGUGAUACUUUAAAAAGAAAGUAAGUUUAUAUUCUCUGAAGUAGCAUGGCCUACUCAGUUCCUCCCAGUGGGGACUAGUCCCUCAUCCAUCUCUGUUUCAAAGUUGCCUGGCACCUGCCUGCUGCCCUUGAAUCUAUUCCUGGAGAGGAAGAGUCAGCCUGGUCCAAAUAUCAUGACUUCUGCUACCCGAAGGAGAGGAGUAUAUUUUAGGAAAGAUUUUUUUCUCUGUGAUUUUUCAUUUUCCCCUUUCCCUUGGUUCACAUUCUUUGGCUUCCAUGGGACAGAAGAGCUGGCUUCUUAAAGUCUGUGGAAGUCUUAAUACAAGGUGAAUCCCAGGACCACAAACAGUUUGGACUUCAAACAGUGAGAAAAUUGGCGCUGAAUGAUUCGGCACACAAAGCAGAAAACUUUCAUUUCCUGCAGGCAGGAGGAAUUGACUGUUAUAUUAAGACUUCUAAAGGAUCCCUGCCCUGGAGUAAUUUCAGUGCUGUCAGACAAUGUUGACAUCUAGAUUAACCUCUGUGCACUAAAUUUGACUGCACAGCUCAUUGAGAUGCAUGUGGCGUGUCCCUGUAAAUCCCAUCUGAAACCCUUGGUGGCCCACCCACAGCAACUCCCUCUCCUGUCUCCACCUACUGAUCUCACAGUCCAUGAACUUUUAGCCUACUGGAGCAAAGGCACUCUGACUGGGGUCCAACACCCAGAAUGGGAGCUUUGACCUUUCUGUGAGCAUGAUAGAGUCUUGAGCCAAAUUUGCUGCUUGGUCAAAGUGACAAUGUUUAUCACUGUAUUGACACCCUGCCCGCAAGGAGGAGACUGCAAAUCAAAGCAUAAAAGCCACUCCACUGAUGACAAACUGUUUUACAGAUGAUGUCAAAGUGAAAUGGUCUUCAAAGGAGCUAAGACUCAGCAUAGGUCCAUCUGUGUGCCUCCAGUCUUCCAAGGUUUCAAGAGUAGAGCAGAUGCAGCAAGGUCGUGACUGUAGAUAAGGUGGGUGGGGUCUGAUGGCUAGAGGAGUUUCUCCUCUAUACAAGUGUUUUAUCUAGUCCUUUAAAGAAAGGUAACCCAGACUUCUAUUUCCCUGGCUGGGAUCAAGGAUACAGCAACUCUCUAAUACUUUGACCCUUUAAUACAGUUCCUUAUGUUGUGGCAUAAAAUUAUUUCAUUGCUACUUCAUAACUCAUCUUGCCACCAUUACCAAUCACACUAGAAACAUGCAGGAUGGUCUUAGGUGACCUCUGUCACAAGGUCAUUCAAUCCCCAGGGGGGUUGCAGCCCACAGGUUGAGAACAGCUGCUCUAAGCACUAGUUUAUCGACGUUCUUUGUAGGAUGAGAUGCCAUACUGAGAUCGCAUAGGCAGAUGAAAUCUCUUAGUCAAGAUGGCAAGCAUCAAAAAAAAAAAAAACAAAAACAAACAAAAAACAAAAAACAACAAAAACAAAACAAAACAAAACAAAACAAAACAAAAAAACGUACAUACGUGCAUCUCAUGCAUCAAAAGAGACCUCCAGCUUGGCUCCAGCUACCCCCACACUCUUAAAAGCUACUCAAUAUAAUCCCAGAUAUUAAAAAAAAAUACCUCAGGAUUUUAGAAUGAUCUGCCCAAGUCUGAAGAACAAAUUCUCUUGCAUAGUUCUUGAAACUGAUUCUCUUUCAAAUUAUUUUUCCAUCUUUGCUUGUUUGGUGUAAGUGGUAGGAAUCUCUUUGUAUAUUCUUAGAUAUUUCUUUAAGAGAAUUGAAAGCUUUUAGCCAAGGACAUUGUGUUUAUUGACUGAGAAAAUAGAUUUCUGGGCUGAGUAAUACAGCAGUUACACAGGGGCAAUUUUGAUGACUUUAUUUAAAAGCAAUUAUCAGAGUUGUAUUCUUUCGAGAUCCUCAGGCUGAUAUAGAACAAAUCAUACUUGUCCUUUUGUUAUUUAUUAUGUUUAUUUACUUUUGCACAUAAGUAAGCACAUGUGUGCAUGCCAAUUCCUGGGUAAUUCUAUUGCCUACAGACUACAGUGCCCCAUUUGUGGAGCUUUCAUGGAUCUAAGUGUGUCUGUGCAAAUGAGUGCCCCACACAUUUGGCUUCCUCACUGUUCCUCAUUAUUUGUAUCAGGAGCACAGAGCCUAUGACUUUCUGCACUGUAAGUUAUUUACAAAGUUGAGGAUCCUUUGAUGGAGGGAAAAAAAAACCCACGUUUCUCCCAAAUUUUAUAUAUAAAGGCAGGACACUUCCCCAUUGUUUUUCAAAGUACAAAACCAGACUGAGUCCUGAUUCUCUUUUUCUGUAAUUAAGGGGUAAGGGGUAGCAGAUUCAUCAUAAAUAUUUGUUUGAAGAUAAAUGUGAACUAGUGUGAGGAGAUUUUUGACCCAACCAUGGAUAUACAAUUCCAGUGUUCUGAUUGAACAUGAAGUCCUUGGGAGACAAGACUCUAGUUGGAUUAGAAACUAGGAGGUUGGGAUAUAGGGCACUUGGCUGGAUAAGAGAAAGUCAUCAGCACUUUCCUGAGAGUAGGCAAACAAGUUGUAGGUUGUGCUCUUUAUUAAACAGCAGUGAUGGGAAAGGCCACUCUGUUUUGAUCCAUUGCUCAGAUUAGUUACCAAGAACGUAUAUCAUAUCAAGUACUGCCUGAGUGCACAUUUGCAGAGUUCCCACUCCAAAGGGCCAGGGCUGUUGUUACAAUAUGUUCAGUUUUUCAUUUCCAGCUCUCUCUGACAAAUCCUCUCUGCCCCCAGCUCUCUAUCCCACCUCUUCUAGGCCAGGCUCUAUUCUCUAAAAAGCAGAGGAAAGUCUGAGUGGCUCCCCUUUUUAGCCUGAGCCUGUUGUGGUUUAGUCUGGGUUGCUGCAGAAAGAAACAAAACAAACUUGCUCUCCCAGCUGCCCAUCAGUCUCUUUCCAUCUCCUUAGACCAAAUGAUUAGCACCUCAUUAGCGCCCCAUCAGUUUGCUUUUGCACAGGAGACUCUGGUACAACAGGCCUAUUAUAAGGCCCCUAGCCUGUCCUUUUGAAGUUGUCUCAUCCUUUUGACUUGGUUAUGAAAGGCAAGCCUUCCUUUAAAUGUGUUUUCCUUCACAUUUCUUUCUGGUUUCCUAGCUUCUGAAUAUCCUGGAAAAUGACAAAGUACAGUUUUGCCUUUUUUUUUUUCUAGUCUACUCUGAACAGGGGCAUGUCUUUUCAUGUGGUCCAAGAGCUCUCUGUGUUAUCCAAGAUUUACCCACUCUUGGGACAGUUAAAAGAGUAAAUCAGAGUUGGUGGAAGUGGUCUUUACUUUAAUGGUACUAGAAAGGUUUGCAUUUUAAGAAAUGGACUUAUUGAACAUGCUAUAGAAUGGUGAUGGGGAAGGUAGUUAACUUUAAGAGCCAGGAGGUCAAACCACCUAUUCUACAAACCAUUUCAUAGCAACAGAUGCUUUGAUUCUGCCAGCAAUGGUACUUACAGACCCAAAUAGUCACAUCCACUAGUCAAAUUAAACUACCUCACACAUCCACUUAUUAAAAAACAAAAACAAAAGCAAAAGCAAAAGCAAACAAAUGAAUAGUCUCUUUCUUCCAGAGGAUGGAGACAUGCUCAGAAACUAAGAGCACUGACUUCAGUUCCAGAUGACCUGGGUGUGAUUCCCAGGACUCACAAAGAAGAUCACUGCCAUCUGUAAAUCUAGUUCCAGGAGAUCUGACAACCUCUUCUGAUAUCCAAAGCCAUCAGGGAUGGAAGAGGCAAACAUACAGUCAAAACUGUCAUAUACAUUAAAAACUGUCAUUUCUCCCUUGUAUCUCUAGAGAGUACAACAGUGGUUUGGGGAAGGGGACGGGGGAUUGCUUUGUUUCCCAAAGGGUUUUUUGUUUGUUUGUUUGCAUUUCCUUAGGAAAGAGUUGAUGGACUACUUUAAUGGCUAUCAGUGGGGACAUGGCAAGACAGACGGAAACUGAGGGAGCAAAGAAACUAAAAGGUAGCCAUCUUGUGAGCUUUUAUUUCUUUCUAAUCAGCCUCUUUCUCUGUAAAUGCUCUGCUAAAGAGUCUCAGGGGAUGAUCAUAAGUGAUAGAGUCAGGCCUUGGUGGUGUCCCCAAGUCUCUAUGGCAGGAAAAUCCCACUCCUUGGGUAGCGAGUGCUGCUCAUGGUAUUGGGAUUUUGAGUUGUGUUGUGUUUGAGGGAAACUUUCCUUUUUCCUCCCCAUGUCUGCUGUCUGCUCUCUAGAAUUAGUCAUUAACAUUUUCCUACUUUAAAUAACCAUUGCAUAUACUGUAAUGGAAAAAAUAUCUUGUAUUUGUACCAGAAGAAAGGGAUAUUUUUCCCACUUAGAAGGGAUGAUUGCUAUAUUUCAUUUUCUGGCAUGGAAUGCUGAACAUCUUGAAGCCAAAUAGCAUCUCUUCCGCUUCAACUCUUUACCACUAAUUGCUGCUUCAAAGAUGGUUUGUAGAUUUUAGAAUAAUACCUAGUAAAGUAAGACUGCAUGAUGCUUCCUCCUUAAACUGAGUGUUAAGACAAUCUUGCAGGGAGCAUGGAAGUGCUAAUGAUCUUGAAGCUUUCUAGGGACUGUGGUCCACACAAAGAGAAGACAGGGAUAGUCAAAAUAUAAAGAAAACUAUCCUUGUGAUGACCAAAUGUCAGACCUCAUUUUCAAUGACCCCAGAGCACAACAGAGUUGGUUACAGAGGGACUCUUGCUGAGGAACGUGUCUGGCUGAGAAUGAAACCCUAGACAAUAAAUCUGGAGGCAAGAUUGCCAAGGUUACAGCAGUGAAGUCAUUUACAGUCCCUAAAAAUGUCCCAGGUGUUUGUGAUGCCAAGUACUGUUUUAAGUUCUUUACUAUGAAAGCUACUUGGAAAGUGAAAUCUUUCAAAUGUUAUUUCCCUUCAAUUUCCAAGUAGCCAUCCGGUGUGAUAUGUCUGACAAAAUGUUGUCUGUAUGCUGUAACAGGAUUUUGACCACUCUUGAGAGAAAGCAGAAUAAAGCCGAGUGCUGAGAAUCCUGAGAAACUCAUAAAUGUUUCAGUCAAGUUCAGAAGAUCACAGCUUCUUUUUUCUUUUGACCUUGGGCUCAGUGUUUGUUUUUCUGAUACAAGAAAACAGCACCCGUGUUCUAGACCUCAAUCUGAGCGACUUUUCCCCUGCCGUUGUCUGCCAGGAAGAAAGCAACCCAGCUGCUUUGCAAUGAGAACCCAAGUUGGGAUAUGCUUGUAAAUUGUGGUGUGAAAUUGCAGAAGGCAAAUGGGUUCAGGGUGAUGUUUCCUAAUUCUCUCUGAUAAUCUUGAGGACAUGAGCUCUUCCAACCAUUGCUAAGGCAUGCUUGGAACAAGUAGUUUCAUGGUGUCCUUCCUAUGGAAAUGACUGAUAAAUUAAGGAUCUCAGAGGUAUCAUUUGGGAAGUAAAUUUCAGACAGUUUGAGAAGUUUCAGAAGGUUUGAGCUGACAUGCUAACAGGAUCAGUAAGAACUAACUUUAAAACUUGUUUUCACCCCCUUCUCUGAAAGUUUAGCCUUUUGGGGGGGCAUUGGAAUAUUUCCUUUGCAAGGGUUGCAAAGAUUGAUUAUAGUUCAUGUCUAAAAGCAAAGGCCCUCUGGAGCCUGUUGGACUUGGAGGUAACCCCAAACGGCCCAUGUUAUUUUUCUGAGACUGGUACCACACUAACUGAAGUCUUCCUGAUUAUGUGUUUGGACCCUGGUAGGUUGACCCAAGAGAUCUGUCAAAUUAAAAAUAAAGGAAAGCAAGUUGGGGCAAGAAAAUUCUGACUAAAUGACAAAGAAAAAGCAUCAGUGCUAUUUUGACAGGAGACAGCCCUGUACUAUUCAGCAAAGAAAUACAAAAUACAUUCUAUUUUCAAGAUGAGUUUUAUUUUGUGGUGUGUGUGUGUGUGUGUGUGUGUGUGUGCUUGUGUGUGUUGGAAAGCUGUUGUUUAUGCAUUUGGAUUUUUAUUCAAGCAUAGUAAAAGCUCUGCUUAGUUUCUUAGGAUGUGACAAUAAAUUAGGUCUAGAAAGGAAUAAAGGCCCAUGUUUCAGAACAAGGUGAAACAGUCCCCAAAUAUUUCCUUCUGAAAUUUUCAGUCCUAGCAGAUCAAAUCAACCUCAUAUUUAUUAUUGAUACCAGUACAAAAAAAAGUUUGCACAACAUCUGCAGACCCUAAUGUUCUACAUGUCUGUGGUCUUUCUUUCUGAAGGAAUGGAAUCUUUAAAUCAUGCCAGGAACUUUGUCAACAGGGCUGAAUAAUGAGGCAGCUUAGACAAUUUAGAGCAACCUGCCCCAUGUAGAUUUUGGCAAGGCCUUAAUUCUUUCUCACAGGUAUUAAGGUUGCUUCAGAGCUAUUUUUUGCUUCAAAUGAUAUUUAAAGAAGAGAAUUUUGGAAUACAGUUUGAGACAUUUCAGCUAAUGUCAGCCUCUGUAAAAGAAGAUUUAGUUUCACAGGUAGUUUUUGGUUUUGCCCAUCCCAGAAGUGUAAAUUCUACUUUGACUAAGCUAUAUGUUUUCAGCACCAGGGACAGCGAUCACUUCCCUCAUCUGGGGUCACUCUCAAAAUUAGAUUUCCAGACAGGGAAGAACAGAUUUUUCCCCAUCAUUUCCUAUCCACAGAGCCUCAACUUAUAUAAUUGCCAACAUUAUUCAGAGCAUCAGACAACUUGUGUUAAGUAAUGCCAUGAGCAAAUUUCACAUGAGUUUAGGCUGUAUACAGUCAUAAGGACAACCCAUGCUUUGAAACAUCUUUGAAUAACAGAAUUAAGCACCAAUGUAUAAUCUGAAGCAAACCUACUCUUGUUUAUUACACCCAGGAGGGAAAACAACCCAUAUGGAGAAAGAGAGGCCACAGACUUUUAAGUUAUUUUCUUUUAGUUAUUUCACAAAGCUUCAUUCAUGAACCAUGUUUCGACAUCCAGAAAUUGCUUUUAUUCUCUCCCAAGCCUGGUGUAGCUGUUUCUGCCAUGUUUUUGACCUGCUUAAAAAAUAUAGACUGACACAGUCAGAUUUCUCAGCACAGAGAUGGUAAAGACACUGAGAUAUUAUAGAUGGGAAUGCUUUGGGACAGGAAUCUCUUUUCUAUUAGGCACCCUUGACUUUCAUACUCCUAUAAGGAAUACUGUUCACUGACAAUCACUUUUUAAAAAUAUGCAUAGUGUUCACAAUCUAUAAGGCAAUGGUUGAUUGGUUGCAGGCAGAGGCAGUAAAUCACAGUGGUAGAGAUGAAGUUAUGAGCUUUGAGGGCAAAGAAGGGCCUAAUAAUGCUGUCACUAGACAUUUUGGAAACUCGUAGAAGAAUACUACUUUGAAUCUUGGCAUCCAGUUUUUAACCUUGAGUGCUGUUCAACAGCUGUCUUUGCCUUAAACAAUCAUGGUAAGAUUGGAAAUAGAUCCUCUUGGUUUUCUCCAGACCAGUCCAAAAUGGACACUGGGGAAAUGAGAGCAACAGAAGCACAUGUCACUAUGCUUUGUGAUCGUCCAGUUUUCCUAUAGCACAAAAAUUCAUAGGUAUCACCUCAGAGGCAGUGCAAUCUUCUCUCAUUUACUUGGAAGCUUCUUUGGGGCCCUCACAAAGAUGGUAACUGAAUAGCAGCUGUUUCUUCCUCCUUCUGUUCAUCCUUC